GCUUAAUCGGUAACGCACAGCCAAAUCUGGAGAGGAUUUGGGGGCUUCGCCGGAUCCUCAUGUAGCAGCUCUCCAGCUAUCGUAUAGAUGCCCCUGCCAUCCGAUAUAACUCACACCGGAACUCGUAUACCUAAGUAAGGCUUUUUUAGUGAUACCUGCCUGGGCUUCCUCCUAGCCGUGAUACCUUCUCCACGUUUCCUCGUCGUCACUUGCACGGCUAGGCCGCUUACUUGCCUUUGGCCGCGUAGCAUAUCUCAGCCUCGCCAGAUUACUCUCCUACGCUGGCACGCACACAGCCCUUGACGCAUACCAAUCGAGUCAGCAAAUUUUGACGACUCACGCACGGAAGCGGAGCUAUGCAUUAGGCAAGAUGGCAAAAUGUAGCAUUCACCGGCCACAGGUCACAAAGAUUGCCACGGAAGCCUCUUUGGACAUACCUAUUGUCGUCAAGGUUGACGAUUCACACAUCCAGGAUGUUUACCUGAACAGUCCCAUUCGAGGACCAUGCGAUUUUCGGGAGCUCUGGAAUGCUGUCAGGGUCAAGGCAGGAGCUAGCAAAGAGACGACAGAACGGUCGACCCGGAACCUCAGCCUUCCAAGUAUUGAUUCGAUCGGUGAAUGCAAACCAAGAGCGUGGACCUGCGAGAAAGAGAUCGAGACCACCACUACCAAUCUGAGAGAUGUUCGCACUGAAAAAGAUUCUGGAUCUUUGGACUGGUGUCUCACCAAGCAAAUCGUCGGCAGCGCUCGGGAUAAAGCGCAAGUCUGUAUUAGACGCGGCGACACUGUGGGUGCUUGUAAAGCGUUUGAGGAUGCCCUCGAGACUCUGGAACAACAAUUCCAGAGAUGUGGACGCAAUGAUCCUACCCCAUGGCUGAUCGCCAGAGUCGAGAUUCUCAUCGAUCAGGGCCAGACACGAGAGGCAAGGGAGGCUCUGUCCGAACUACCGACUCACAGUCAGGAAUCUACAGAUGCAGAGCAGCACGACGAAAGGCUUACACAGCUGGGGAACAUUGUGGAGAUAACCCUCGAUUUGUGCCGCAGAACAGAGGACUGGGCCAGAGCACAUUUAACAGGCCGGGAACUGUUCCUUCUCUGUCCCGACUAUUUCAAACUCGAUGAGCAGGUCGAUCGCUCCAAACAAAUCCGUCGGAUUUUAAACACAGGCAUGCUUCAGGAAAUCGAUGCGAAUGGAAACACCAACUCUGCAACGCAUCUUGCAAGAGCACUCGAUAUCUACAAUUAUGGCUGCCACGCUUCUGAAGCCUAUUAUAGCCUCUCCAAUACAGAUAAGGCCAUAAUUUCGGACUUUGACCACCCUGACUGCGCCAAUAUCUUCUUUUCUGCGGCGCGGGUAUGCCACUACCUCGAUCGCACGGGAUACGCAAUCAUGCCACGCUCGUUCCCCACUACAGGUCCACAGCUCACUUGUGUGGAUUGGAAACACCAGGCUUUGCAUUUCUUAGAGAGAGUACGAGCAAGAGCUUUGCUCGACACGAUCGUCCGGAGUGUUGCCGAGGAUGAAUCUCGUCGGCUCGCCUCCUUAUCGCUAGUGGCUUACGCUGCCCGAAGCCUACUUGUGAAGCGGGCCUCCGUAGAAGGUUCACUUAGGAGCUCCAGCACUCCCUCGCUCCCCGUCCGUGUUACAUCGGACCACAUGCCUUUGUCCAACGGCCUCGAACCUGCUUCACGAAGACACUCCCACGCGCUCUCUGAUGGAUUGGUUCGGCCAGAUCUAUCGGCUCUUCAUACGUCUGGAGGUAUUUCGGCGACGCUACAACCUUCAAAUCUUUCGGACGCGGAUUCUGUCUCGGUUCCUACCUCUCCAGCGGGUACUAUAGCCCACGCAUUAACCAAGAAGGAAUAUGCACAACUCAGGAUACGAAGAUACUGGAAUAUAUCCUUGCUAUGGGCUCUCACGAAAGUGAGAGUGAGCGCUGCGCUCGUUAAUGUCCCAGCCGAUACUGUUGUGGUGGAAUAUGCUCUUGCCUCAACCGCACCAAGCGGUAUCAUGAUAGUUAUCGCUGCGACAGACGCUGUGAAGUCAGUAGUAUGGAAGACGACCGAUACUGUUGCUAUUCAGAACUGCAUUCGCGACUUAAGAUCCUCGAUGGAGGCCAUGGACGAGCAAGCCGAUCCAGGACGUCACUCCGAUUUUACCACUGAACAACGUGUCAGGCCCAUCGGGCCAAAACCAAACAACUCUAAUUUCGAUCAAGUAAGGCUGAGGAAUUUACUUCACGGUGCUAUUGUUGCACCCGUACAACCAUACUUGAAAGGAAAGAGAAAGCUUAUCAUUGUACCGUCCGGCGAUCUUGCACAUGUACCUUGGCGCAUCUUCUUUGACCUACCAAUUACUGUAGUUCCGAGUCUUGGGAUCUGGGCACGUCUUAAGUACGAGGCAAACGCCAAAGCGGUCCGGCAUCCCAAAGUUUCGGUUGUCAGCACUGCGCCAAUCGACAGGGACAAGAAGGCGAAGAAGAUGGCUAACUACAUACGCGGUAUACCGUUCUCUCGCAUCGAGGCGCUCUACGUUGCACGACUCCAUGGGGAAACACCAUUCCUUGCUGAUGGGCAGACUCAUAAAGAUCUGCAAAGUCGUACCGAAGAUACACAAAUUCUGCACAUAUGCGCCCACAGCAACUACGAUCCUGCGGCGCCGAUGAGUUCCUCCCUUCAGCUAUUCAAAGAACCCCUUACGGUCGCGGAUUGGCUGGGCCUAUCCAUUAAGGCUGAGUUGGUAGUUUUCAGCUCUUGCGUUUCCGGCAUAUCUCGAGCAUACGACUCUGGUAGCACAAUUGGAUUUGCGCAUACGCUCCUGGGAACUGGUACAAAAGCAUUCAUCGGCAGUCUCUGGAAAGUGAAUGACUGUGCGACGCUCUUGCUGAUGGCGAUGUUCUAUGAACAGUUGAAGAAACCCUUGCCACCUGUUGAGGCGUUGUAUAAAGCGCAGAAUCGUAUGCGGGACCUGACGGACAACGAUUUGCAAGACACAAUCGAUGACCUGGAGCACUAUGGAAAGCUGUUGCGCGAUGCAGCUACUACAAUGUUUGUCAUCAACCCAGAUCUUCACCUUUUUUCUUUGAGGAAUACAAAAGCGGGCAAAUGGAGGGACGCGAAGUAUUGGGCAGGCUUCGUGCUGACAGGUUAUGGGUCAAAGAACAUAUACCCUAUGGGCAGCAAUGCGGAUUCUUAGGGAAACGGGAUAACCAGUAACUUUCUGGGUGUAAUAUGAGUACCACAGUAGGCAAACCACACGGUGUAGCUAGACAUAUAGAAACACCUUGAAGUGUAGUAUUAUC